AUGCCAAUCUCGCUUAUUACAUCGGUGAAACGCGCCCACGUUGUUCUCUUUGCCUACGAGGCCUGGGGACACACUCGCCCGCUCUGCAAUUUGGCGGUCCGACUCGCCAAGACACGCCCAGCGAUCAUCACUCUAUUUACGACACAUGUGUUUUAUGAUCGAGUGAAAAGAGAGCUACGACGAAGCGUGCAAAGCGCCGAUGGUCCUCUUUUGGACGACAUUAGAGUAAUCGCCCUCCAUAACACCGGACGUCAUGCGCUCGACAAUAAAGUGCUUGAUGAAUCUUUUGCGGAGGCUUACGAGCAGCUUGUCAAUGGCGAACCGGUGAAGUGUGCGCACACAGGACAUUGCGUCGAGGCGGUAUCUAGCCCAGAUGCCGUCAUCAUCGAUUUCUACGGACGACCCCUUCUCGAAGCCGUACGGAGACUGAGCCAGAAGCCGGUGAAAGUCUUUGUAUGGUUUGCCGGCGCGGCGUCAGUGAUAUUCCGCUUUUACGGCCCCGCGGACAAAGGAGGUGCAGGUAAUCUUCGCGCGAAGGCAGAGCAAGAGGCGGCGCGGUCUGGGAUCACAGUAGAAGCUGCUACCGCCGAAAUCUUGUUCAAAUGCGAAAAGUCACUGCUCAAGAUACCGGGGCUGCCGGCGAUGUAUGACCAUGAGUUCCAGCCACAAACACUACUUGGUGGGUACGCCAUGCUCGGCGGGAUGUUCCUGUCUGCAUACGAUAUGUUUGCCGCAUGCGAUGGGGUGAUCCUCGCCACAUCCGAUUGCUACGAACCCGAAACAACCGCAGCACUCAAGAAACACUUCGCCCAAACGUCUCGUAGUGUGCAUCUCUGCGGACCUAUGAUUCCUUGCGGUGCUCAAGCUCGAGCUCUCGAGGGAGAACAAUGUCGAGAUACUGUGGAGAUUGAAGAUUUCUUGGAGAGUACACUCAGCUCGCACGGAGAACGUUCCGUGCUCUAUGUUUGUGGCAUCUUCUCCCUGGGAACGGUCUACUGGCCAUCAGAACCGGAGAAGGUUUGGGCGUUUCUUGAUGUUCUCGUGGAAAUGCGAAUACCCUUCACUACGAUGCAGAUCAUGAGCCACGCGGUGCGGUACGCAGCGGUCCCAAACAGUGUUGUGCAGAAAAUCAAUAACUACGGACACGGCCUACUGACCACUUGGUCGCCCCAACAAUUAGUUCUCAGCCACUCUGCGACGGGCUGGUUCGUAACCCACGGGGGCCAUAACAGCGUCAUAGAAGCUGUCAGCGCGGGUGUGCCGAUCUGUUCGAAGCUCGGAAUGGACCGGCACUCAACAGGCAAGGCUCCGACUGGUACUGUCGAGGCCUUCUGCCUUGAGGCUAAGGACAUCCUCAAGAAGGCGUUCGGCGAAGACGGCAUGCAUAAGCGCAAUAACGUGUUGAAGCUCAAGCAGAAGACCGAAGAAGCGUGGUCGAAAGCGGGCGCAUCGCGUCGCACCAUAGAGUCGUUUAUGAAUUCGGUUAUAUAG